AUGGCGGAAUCCGAUGCCACAGCAAGCUUUACUACGGGUCCUCCCGCUGGCCCUCCCGCUGGCCCUGCGUCAGAGCCUCUGGUUGUGUUCGUUGCUCGUGGCGCUGCACCUCGCAUGUACGACGAUCUCGGCCAGCUGAAGUAUUAUCUUCGCCCCGCCCUACUAGAGCUACAGGAGGGGUUUGAGCGCAAGUAUGGAAAGCUAGAGAACCGACCCUACUGCUACUGCCCAUUGAUUCAUAAAUCCAUCACCCCCCUGGAUCCAGAUUGCGACUCGGUCCAGUCCAUGACCGACAUACUCGUGUAUGGCCGAACCUACGCCCGCGACAUCAUAUUUGUGUUGGCCCACUGGGACUCCAUCACCAGCGACACGUCGAGCUUUGCCAAUAUCUUCAAGGAAUUUACAGACGUCAAGGUGACUAUUCGCGUCUUCGGCUCGCUUUCAAUUGACCACAAUCGCGAAUUCCAUGAAUUCGACGCCCACAGAGUCAGCGCUCACUACCGGGGGUUGAUCAGACUAGAAGAGGACUUUGUUAUUGACGAUGCACUGCGCUUUGUGGUGAGACUCGAAGAAACCCGCACAGUCAGGAUCGGAGUGGAGGAGUCAGUUGACCUGAUGGUGCAACUGACAGGCAGUCCUGAGGCAGAGAUGUACGACCGAGUGCUGUGGAUACUUUGA